GUUACUCCUUAUCCGCUUUACCCCAUAUUGCCAAUUUAUAUCAUAUCUCCACCAUGAUUCACUCUAGUCAAGAUCCUCUUCUCCGCAUUUUUCUGUCUCUAUAUCAGUUAAAGUUUUCUAUCUCUAUAGACCCUCCCUGAAUCCUCAAUUACAAGUACAAUAAACACGACAAACAAACAGACACGAGUAAAACGAAUACAAAAUGGCGUCUCAAGGUCCACUAACCACUACCCUAACCACCUUACUCGGAAUAAAACACCCUAUAAUCCUUGCCGGUAUGGCCCGUACAUCUGGCGGACCACUAGCCGCAGCCGUCAGUAACGCCGGUGGUUUGGGCUGUAUAGGAGGAUUAGGAUAUACACCACAACAGUGCGCGCAUACCAUACCCAACAACUCCUAAACCAACGCACUAACAUCACCCCAGACUCCGCGAAAUAAUCCACGAUUUAAAAUCUCAUCUCAAAAACCCAUCCCUGCCCUUCGGCGUCGAUCUAGCUCUCCCUAAGGUAGGAGAGGGUGCUCGAGCUACUAAUCAUGAUUAUACGAAUGGACAGCUGGAUUCGUUGAUUGAUGUUACGAUUGAAGAGGGCGCACGUUUGUUUAUAUCUGCUGUGGGAAUUCCUCCUCCGCAUGUAAUUAAGCGUUUGCACGAGGCGGGUAUUUUGGUAAUGAAUAUGGUUGGGGCACCUAAACAUGCUGUUAAAGCAUUGGAUGCAGGUGUUGAUAUCGUGUGUGCGCAAGGAGGAGAAGGAGGUGGACAUACGGGUGAUAUACCGAAUUCGAUAUUGAUACCUGCGGUGGUGGAUGUAGCGAGGAAAUAUAAACCUGCGAUGUUGAAGGGACGGGAGGCGCUUGUUGUUGCUGCUGGGGGGAUAUAUAAUGGGAGGGGAUUGGCGAGUAGUUUGAUGCAAGGCGCGUGUGGAGUGUGGGUUGGAACGAGGUUUGUGGCGAGUGAAGAGGCGGGGUGUAGUAGGGCUCAUAAGGAGGAGGUGGUUAGUGCCAGAUUUGAGGAUACGUUGAGGACUCUGGUGGUUUCUGGGAGACCGUUGAGAGUUAAGAUGAAUGAUGUACGCUGCUCCCUCUUUACUCCAUCAUACCUCACACUUGAUUACGCUAUUUAUCUAAUACUUAUCAUACUAACCAACCAAACCAGUACAUACAAUCCUGGGAAUCUCAACCAGAAAAGAUCAAAGAAUUAACCCAGAAAGGUAUCACUCCUCUAGAAUACGAUAUGGAACAGGGAAAAGAUGUAGAUAUACCACAUUUAAUGGGUGUAGUAGCUGGAGUUAUCGAAGAUAUUAAACCAGCUGGAGCAAUUGUUGAUGAAAUGAUUAGCGAAGCGGUAGAUAUGUUGAAGAAGGCGGAUGGUUUCUUGAGUAGUAGUACAAAGAGUAAACUGUGAGAUAGGAAUCUGGAAAAAGGAAGUGGUAAUGGGAAUGAAUCAGAGACAUUGAUGGUCAUUGCUAAAUGAGGAUGGGAACCAGAAUUAGAAUAUUGGAAAUAGUAUGAAUCAAUGGCAUGAAAGUAACGUCCUGAA